UUUGACAGAAAUAAAGUUUAAUUAUAAAAUGUUUUUUGAAUAACCCUUAAAGGUUAUGGUGCAGUUUUCUUUCAUAAAGUUGCUGAACUUGUCAGCUCGUCAGCAAAAUGUAAAGAUUUUGGCGUCAUUUUCUAGAACAAACAAACUUCGUUGGUUCAAAGCAACGUCAUCACUUUAUUCAACAAAAUCUACUAAUCCAAAUGAUGAAUUAAAAAGAAUGCGAAAUAUUGGAAUUGCAGCACAUAUUGAUUCUGGUAAAACAACGGUGACAGAAAGGCUGCUGUAUUAUACUGGAAGAAUAUCUCAAAUGCAUGAGGUUAAAGGUAAAGACAAAGUGGGAGCAACAAUGGACUCCAUGGACCUUGAAAGGGAGCGUGGGAUAACUAUUCAAUCAGCCGCCACCCAUGUAACUUGGAAGGAUCAUCUUAUAAACAUCAUUGACACACCUGGUCACGUAGAUUUCACUGUAGAAGUGGAAAGAUCCUUAAGAGUUCUUGAUGGAGUGAUUCUUGUCAUAUGUGCCAAUGGUGGAGUUCAAAGUCAAACCUUAACCGUCAACCGUCAAAUAAAUCGUUACAAAGUUCCAUGCAUUGCUUUUAUAAACAAGAUUGAUCGAUUGGCUGCAAACCCACACAAAUGUUUAACUCAUAUCAGGUCAAAGUUACGUCAUAAUGCGGCAUUUUUACAAAUCCCGAUUGGAUUAGAAGGUGAUUCAAGUGGUAUUGUUGACAUCAUAAACAGAAAGGCUUUGUUCUUUGAAGGAGAUAAUGGCCAGACUGUUACAGAAAAACCAAUUCCAGAAAAUUUAAUAGAAAUAACAGAAACCAAGAGAACUGAGCUGAUAGAAUGUGUGAGUAAUGUAGAUGAAGAAUUGGCUGAAAUGUUUAUGAUGGAUGAGGUGCCUUCAGUUAAACAACUUAAAGAUGCGAUAAGAAGAGCUACCAUCGCGCGUAAGUUCACCCCUGUAUUAAUGGGAACAGCAUUAAGAAACAAAGGAGUUCAACCUUUACUUGAUGCUGUGACGGAAUUUCUACCAGACCCAUCAGAAGUUGACAACUUUGCUUUCGAUGGCAAUUUAUCAAGUGAGGACAAUCAACCUGUCAAAGUACAAAUGAGCCCGGUGAGAACAAAGGAAAAUGAUCUUGUUGCUCUUGCGUUCAAACUUGAGCAAAGCAAGUUUGGUCAACUUACAUACCUUCGCAUGUACCAAGGUGCUCUUAUGAAAGGUGAUAAUAUAUUUAAUGUGAGGACUAAAAGAAAAUCUAAAGCAUCAAGAGUUGUGAGGUUACAUUCCAACAAAAUGGAGGAUUUAGAAGAAGUUUAUUCUGGUGACAUUUGUGCUUUGUUUGGAAUCGACUGCGCAAGUGGGGACACCUUUGUUUCGAAAGCAAAACACAAUUAUUCAAUGGAGCCAAUGUACGUACCUGAUCCUGUAGUUUCCAUGUCUCUUAAACAAGAAGGACGAGAUGACUCGGGUAAAAUGAGCAAAGCAUUGAAUAGAUUCAGUAAAGAAGAUCCUACCUUCCAAGUUAAAUGGGAUGAAGAAGCAGAAGAGAUGGUUGUGUCAGGCAUGGGAGAAUUACACUUGGAAAUUUACGCUCAAAGAAUGAACAAUGAAUACGGGUUGAAUGUUUCGCUUGGAAAACCUAAAGUUGCAUUUCGAGAAGCCAUCACUUCAAAAGUUCUAUUCGACUACACACAUAAACGACAAUCUGGUGGAGCUGGACAGUUCGGUCGUCUUGUCGGUUACAUUGAGCCGUUACCCGAAGAAAGAAAUACUGAGCUUGAAUUCUUGGACAAAACUGUUGGAACCAAUGUCCCGAGGAAUUAUAUGUCUGCUAUAAAGAAGGGAUUCUUGGAAGAUUCGUGUGAAAAGGGGCCGUUAGUUGGCGCUCGUGUGAUGGGUGUGAGGUUCGUGGUAGAGGACGGAGCUCAUCAUAUGGUGGAUUCUUCUGACAUUGCUUUUCGUUUGGCCGCACAAGGUGCUGCUGAGCAAGCUUAUGCCAGAUCAAACAAGAUUAUACAGGAACCGAUUAUGUCGGUCGAAGUUAGCGCCCCGGUUGAAUUUCAAAGCGCUGUGCUCUCUAGCAUCACCAAACGAAAAGGAACGAUCAGCGACCAGGAUGUAGAUACUGAUUACGUCACAAUCAACUGUGACGUACCGCUGAACGACAUGUUUGGAUAUGCGUCAGAGUUGAGAUCUGUAACCGAGGGCAAGGGUGAAUACGCCAUGGAGUUUUGUCGUUACCAGCCAUGCAGGGAAGACGUACAAGAUGAUCUUAUUAGAAAAGCUCAAGAAGCCACCGCUGCUCCUCCUAAGAAAAAAGCUGGUGGUCGAAAACGCUGAUCAUGUGUUAAUUUAUUUAGGCAAUUACCCGAUCCAUACGUGAUGUUGUUUUAUCUGGUAAAAUUCAACUAUUGUCAGUUUCUUCAUUCUGUAAGUGUAAGUGUGAUGUUAAAAUAGCAAAACAAACAAUAGCCAAAAGGCCUUGUUAGGACUUAUAAUAUACCUGACUGCAACAACAUUAUAUAUUCAACCCGUGUCUCUCAGGCGUAAGAGAAUAAUUCAGAUGCACUGACUAAGUUCACGUUUAAAGUUUGUUUCCCAAUCUCUCUUAAAAGUUUCCUAAAUACAAUCAGUAA